UAAAACCCUUAUAUAUCUUGUUUCAAAUUCAAGCAUACAAAUGGCAACCCCCAAUCUGCAAUCCAAAGAAAAUGCAUCAAUGAAGCCAUCCUAUAAACGGUACUCAAUACGGGGCCCCAAUUAUUAUUUUGAAAAGGGUGAAGAAAUCGUAGACCAGAAUAUAUUGAGUUUAAGAAUGUCAUAUAAUCAUCAAAAGAAACAGGAUGAUGUAAAUAUGAUGUUGGGUUUUGUAAUUGUCUAAAGAAAGAGGGGCAGCUCAAAAACAUUAUUUUGAUUGGUUGGUAGUGGGUUAAGAUGGCCCCGAGGGUUUCUUAAACUUCACUUGCAAAUUUCCAGCCUAUUUGAGUCUGUAUAUAAUGAGCCGAUUCUUGAAUUGCUGCUUCACAGGUCGAGUUUCAAAGCAAAGCCCACAGUCACAGAAAUCAGGAGACAAUAUGGAGAACCAAUCUACAAGCAAUGCUAACAACGUGUUUCAUCCCCAGAACUUGAAUGAGGAGGUAAACGAUUCAAGCAGCAGAGCUUCUACUAACAUCAUACUCAACAAUGAUUUCUCUGGAGGACUACAUUUGUGGCACCCCAAUUGUUGUGAUGCUUUUGUGAUUUCCGAAGAGUCUGGUAACUCUGAAGUAAUACCUGCCAAGCUGAGUGGUCGCUAUGCUGUCGUAAAUAAUCGGAGUGAAUGCUGGCAAGGCUUGGAACAAGACAUUACCACCCGAGUUUCCAUGGGUUCCACUUACACAGUUUGUGCUUGGGUGGCAGUAUCUGGGGCUCACGAUGGUGUUUCUGAUGUGCUAGCCACUCUAAAACUUGAAUACCGAGAUUCAGCUGUUACUUAUUUGUUCAUUGGAAGAAUUUCUGCAUCAAGGGAGCGUUGGGAGAAAGUGGAAGGUACAUUUUCACUGUCAACUAUGCCUGAUCGAGUUGUAUUUUAUCUAGAAGGACCUUCCCCUGGCGUUGACCUACUCAUAAGAUCAGUAAUGGUUUCCUGCUCUAGUUUGGCUGAAUAUGAUAGCCGAAGCAAGGGAUCUAUUUGUGAUGAUGAGAACAUAAUUCUGAACCCAAAAUUUGAUGAUGGCCUUCAAAACUGGUCUGGAAGAGGUUGCAAGAUUGUCUUGCACGACUCUAUGGCAGAUGGCAAAAUCCUUCCAAUGUCUGGAAAGUUCUUUGCAUCUACAGCAGAUCGCACGCAGAACUGGAACGGAAUGCAGCAGGAGAUAACGGGGAGAGUUCAACGGAAGAUUGCUUAUGAAGUUGUUGCUGUAGUUCGAAUAUAUGGUAAUAACGUCACUAGUUCAGAUCUUCGGGCUACAUUGUGGGUUCAGGCAGCAGAUCUCCGCGAACAGUACAUAGGGAUUGCUAGUUUGCAGGCAACAGACAAAGAUUGGGUGCAGUUGAAGGGAAAAUUUCUCUUGAAUGGUUCCCCUUCAAGGGCAGUAAUUUUUUUAGAAGGUCCACCUCCGGGCACUGAUAUUCUCCUUAAUAAUAUAGUUGUGAAGCAUGCUGCAAAAGUCCCACCUCCAUCUCCACCAGUCAUCAAGGAUGCCGCAUUUGGUGUUAAUAUUAUUGCUAACAGCAACCUUAGUGAUGGCACCAAUGGUUGGUUUCCCCUUGGAAAUUGUACUCUUUCCGUUGGAAAUGGUUCUCCACAUAUCCUUCCUCCCAUGGCUCGAGAUUCCCUUGGUCAUGCGCCAUUAAGUGGUCGCUACAUACUUGUGACCAAACGUACUCAGACGUGGAUGGCCCCCGCUCAGAUUAUAACGGAUAAAUUGAAACUCUAUUUGACAUAUCAAGUGUCUGCAUGGGUUCGGAUUGGCACCGGUGCCACUAGACCUCAGAAUAUUAAUGUUGCUCUUGGUGUGGACAGCCAAUGGGUAAAUGGUGGCCAAGUAGAGAUUAAUGAUGACAGAUGGCAUGAAAUUGGCGGAUCUUUUAGAAUUGAGAAGCAACCAGCGAAGGUAAUGGUUUAUGUCCAGGGUCCUGAUGCUGGUGUCGAUUUGAUGGUUGCUGGACUUCAAAUCUUUCCGGUUGACAGAGAAGCGCGAUUUAAACACUUACAGAGUGAAACUGAUAAGAUACGCAAGCGUAAUGUCAUCUUGAAAUUUUCCGCAUCUGAUUCAACCACUUUGCUUGGCACGUAUGUGAAAAUUAGACAAAUGCAAAAUAGUUUCCCGUUUGGAUCAUGUCUGAGUAGAUCAAACAUUGACAAUGAAGACUUUGUUGAUUUCUUCUCCAAAAACUUCAACUGGGCUGUCUUCGGAAAUGAAUUGAAGUGGUAUUGGACAGAAGCGCAGCAGGGAAACUUCAAUUACAAGGAUGCCGAUGAACUCUUGAACUUUUGUGAAUGCCACAACAUUCAAGUCAGGGGUCAUUGUAUCUUCUGGGAGGUGGAGUCUGCAGUUCAGACAUGGAUACGCACUUUGAACAAAAAUGAUCUGAUGUCAGCUGUUCAAAAUCGUCUAUUGGGCCUACUCACACGCUACAAGGGAAAAUUUAAGCACUAUGAUGUGAAUAAUGAAAUGCUUCAUGGUUCAUUCUAUCAAGAUCAUUUGGGAAAAGAUAUCAGGGCAAAUAUGUUCAAGAUCGCUAAUCAGCUGGAUCCAUCUGCCAUCCUAUUUGUGAAUGAUUACCACAUCGAGGAUGGUUGUGACUCACGAUCAUCCCCAGAGAAGUACAUUGAGCACAUUCUUGAUCUCCAAGAACAGGGAGCACCUGUCGGAGGAAUAGGCAUACAGGGGCAUAUAGACAGUCCAGUUGGGCCAAUUGUCUGUUCUGCUCUUGAUAAGUUGGGAAUUCUCGGACUUCCAAUAUGGUUCACAGAAGUUGAUGUGUCUUCCAACAAUGAGUAUGUUAGAGCUGAUGAUUUGGAAGUCAUGCUUCGGGAAGCUUUUGCCCACCCUGCAGUCGAUGGCGUGAUGUUGUGGGGAUUCUGGGAGUUGUUCAUGAGUCGAGAUAACGCACAUUUAGUGAAUGCUGAAGGGGAUAUUAAUGUAGCCGGUAAAAGAUACCUUGAUCUUAAGAAAGAGUGGUUGACCCUUGCUCAGGGCCAUAUAGACAAACAAAGUCAGUUUGAGUUUAGAGGAUUUCACGGAUCUUAUGAAGUUGAAGUUGUUACUCGUUCAAAGAAAGUGACCAAGAAGACAUUCAUCGUUGAUCCAGGGUUGGAGCCAGUCACGGUUUCUAUCAAUUUAUAGUUGUGCUUCGAUAAUUAAUUGAUUAUCACGCUUGAACUGCUAUAUAUAUUAUUAGAGGUGAAAGAAAGAAGAUAAUGUACUGGUGACUUGGGAAUGUGUUGGUUCUAUUUGCAAAAUUCAUAAUAAAGAAUAAAAAAGUGUGUUCAGUUAUUGACA